CAUAUAAAUCGUACAACGUCGUAUGCCAAGUUUCUAAUCAGUGAAGUAGAACGUUGAGAAUGUUUCUCGUGCAUAUUUAUUAUAUUACAUUAUCCAUCAUACAGAUAUUAUAUGUCACCGGAGUUUCAGUUUCAUGGAACUCUCCAAGUACAAUAUAUUCAUCUAUAAACAGUAAAUCGGUACCAGUAUACAAUGGACAUUCUUCAACAAUACGACCUUUUAGAAUAUUAGAAGACACAUUAAAAAUUCUUAACAAAAACCAAAUUGAUAAUUUUGAUACAGAAAUUUCAUCUAACAAAGGUUUAGGGCUAAAUACAAAUAAGAUUCUUGUAAGCCAAAACAGUCAACUUGAAGGUAAUAACGAUGACAGCGUGUCGGAAUACACAAUUAAUUAUAAUCAACCCUCUAAAAUAAGUGGUGGAUCUUCAAAAUUUUCAACGAAUACUACAAAUUUUAAAACUUCUGUUAAGGUUAAGGAACCUGAAUUAUCAAAUAUUUAUCAUGGAACAAAUAAAAAUAGUGAAACAAGCCGUUUAAAUGGCGUUACAAAAUUGUAUGAAUCCAAUAGUGCAGAAAGAGGUUUUAAAUUGGGACAGUUAGGCAUAUUAAGUAGGUCAAUAGGUGAAAAUAAUAAAAACAUAUCAGUUAAAGAAGAAAAAGAAAAAGGAGAAGUAGAAUUUAGUGAAUCGGUUGGAUCUAUAAGGGCUGAUAGAAAAAAUGAUAGAACAAUAGAUAGGUUAGGUAAUAAAGAAGGGGGAAAUAAAAGUUUUAAUGAAUCAAAAAGAUUAAUAAGAUUUGAUAGGAAAUAUAACGGCAGAGCAGGUAAAUCUAGUGGAGAAGAAGAAGAAGGAGGUAUAAGGUUAAGUGGACCAAAUGGAUCUAUAAGAUUUGAUAGACAAGAUAAAGAAGGAGCAGGUGGAUUUAGUGGAGAAGAAAAAGGUAGUAGAAGGUUAAGUAGCUCAAUUGGAUCUAUAAAAUUUGGUAGACAAAAUGAAAAAGGAGUAGGUAAAUCUAGUGUAGAAGAAAAAGAAAGUAUAACGUUAAGUGGACCAAAUGAAUCUAUAAGAUUUGGUAGAAGACAAGAUAAAGAAGGAGUAGGUGAAUCUGGUGGAAAAAAACAAAGAGGUAUAAGGUUUAGUGGAUCAAAAGAUUCAAUAAUAUUUGAUAAUAGAUCAGAUGAAGCAGGUGGAACUGGUGGAGAAGAAGAAGAUAGUGGAAAGUUUAGUGGCUCAAUUGAAUUUAUAAAAUUUGAAGGAGAUUAUAUCUUGUCGCCAGAAGACCUCGAGUUCUUGGACUUGCUGGCCGAAACUUCAGCAUCGGAAGAAGCCCGACAAACGCCACCAAGCUCGCCAAUGACAGUAACUAUUUCUGAAACGAAGGUUGACGAACCGGCCGAAACAUUUUCCUCGGAUGAAACGAAUGAUGAGAGUAUACCGAAAUCGUCGGAAUGUCUGGAAUUAGAACUACCAAUAAGCGCCGAAUCCAUCACGCCGAUCAUGCAUUGUCAUAUGGAAAACGUGCCAGAACCACAACCGCAGUCCACGUCUGUGAUGCACGUUUUGAUAACGAUACCAAAAAUUGAACAUCGUAACAAUAACAUCAUGACUCACGCCGAUAUCGAUCCUUUACAAAGAAUUCCGAACACCUCAUGA